CCUCAACACCUCACAGCCAGUGCGGCAGGCGGACCGCAGGGAGAGGGAGAGAUUUUAGGAAGGACAGUUACAAAAGUUAAAGAAGGCGAGAAAUCAUGACACAAAACAGUGAACUCGUCGAUCGCCUCUCCUCGCCAUUGAACUUGUCAUCCCUCAUCAUGGCGCUCGUGUCACCUAUGAAAUAUUGAUUUUUGUCAUCUAACGUUACACCAAGUUGAGGAUAUAAUGCCGGGAAACGGAUGAGAACUACUGCAGUCGCCUGGAAUUGCUUGUUGGAUAUUGAAUCCGGCGCUCGGGGAUGCGGUUGGGAUUGUUUUUCCUGUAUAUAAUCAAUAUAUGAGAGCAGGAUUAUUGGACUAGACGAGAGCUCGGGCCGAUCCGUUAUGUUUCACAUCACCGCUCUGAUCUCAUAGUUCCGCGAGACGCGAUGCAGAGACGCGUUCUGUGUUUUAGUUUUAUGCUUAUUUAUAUCUUAUUUUUAUGUACAGCACUUUGGUUCCACUUUGUGGUGUUGAAAGUGCUUUUAAAAUAAAAUUGAGUCUAGUAGAUGCCAAGAUGGGUGAUGCCGCAGAGAUCAAGGAGAGCAAGAAGACGUUCAUCGUGCCCACGAUCAAAUCUGUUGAUCACUAUGACUUCACCAGGGCCAAGAUAUCGUGCAGUUUGACGUGGCUCAUCGCCAAGGCCUUUGGAUCUGACUGUGUACCGGUGGAGUUGGAGGAUCCAUUCUACAGAGACCAGUAUGAUCAGGAGCAUGUGAAGCCGCCCGUUGUGUCUCUGCUGCUUUCUGCGGAGUUGUAUUGCCGCGCUGGGAGUCUGAUCCUCAGGAGCGACGCGGCUAAACCUCUGCUGGGUCACAACGCUGUCAUCCAGGCCCUCGCUCAGAAAGGUCUCUACGUCACUGACCAGGAGAGACUCGUGACUGAGAGAGACCUCUGCAAGACCCCCAUACAGAUGAGUUCUCACCUGGCGAUGAUUGACACUUUAAUGAUGGCGUACACAGUUGAAAUGGUCAGCGUGGAGAGAGUGCUGACCUGCAUACAGAAAUUGACUCCUUUCCUUCCUGAGGAAGACUUCCCUUAUGAUGCUGAAGAGGCCGUGACAACAUGGAUCAACAAGGUAAAUGAACACCUUAGAGAACUUUUGGUACAAGAACAAAGAGUUCGAGAUAUAGGAGAACCCUGCAUGGUUCAAAAGGGGCGGUACAGAAGAGAGGACUCUAAAGCACGUCCGGUUCUUUGUCUCCCCCUGGUGGACAAUCUCUUGAAGGACAACACAGACGGCUGUGCACUGGCUGCACUACUGCACUUCUACUGUCCUGAUGCUGUGCCACUGGAAGAUAUCUGUGUCAAAGAAACAAUGUCAUUGGCUGACAGUCUGUACAAUCUCCAGCUGAUCCAGGAGUUCUGCAGAGAAAACCUCAACAACUGCUGUCACUUCACCCUGGAGGAUAUGCUGUAUGCCUCCAGCACCAUCAAGAGUAAUUACCUUGUGUUUAUGGCAGAGCUAUUUUGGUGGUGUGAAGUUGUGAAACCAUCUUUUGUUCAGCCCCGAACACUCAAUACCAAAGUAUCUGACCCAUCCCAGUCCAUUACAAUGGCUCCCAUAACCAAACAAAACCUGAUCCACAGGCCAGGCAGUCCGGAUCAGUCUAGGUCACAACCUAAAAAUGACAACUCAGCAGUUAUCAGGCGGUCAUCCUCCAUGUCGUAUGUGGACGGAUGUGUGGGGACAUGGCCUAAAGAGAAACGGUCUUCAGCUCAUGGGAUAUCAUUUGAGAUUCCACUUGAUGACAGCAUGAGUUCAUCUUCAGGACGUGGACUGAGCCGAUCAGCAAGCACUGAAAGAUUGGGUUUUAAAGUUCACCACGCGGCCCGAGGCAUGCGAAGGAACCUCUCGUUCCAGCCCGUUAAUGGGAACGCCCACAGCAAAAUACGUGAGGAGGAUGAUGAGGAAUCCAACAGACAGAUCAGCAGACAUCGUCUGGCAAACUACGCUGGGUACUCAAAUGGUGUAUCGGCAGAUAACUCAAGCCCUCCGUAUGACCCUCAGCCCAACACCCCAAGUAUAGAAGAAGCCCUGAAGAUCAUCCAUGACUCUGAGCGACCCCACAGCAGCUUGCAGCUCCCAUCUGGGGACAGCGCCUUUUUCCUGCACAACCCGUCUUCCCACAAGUCCACAUCUGAUACAAAUGAUCCAGAGGACUCGCUUUCCAAGACUAGAGCAGCAGAUGACGUGGACCUAAAUUCCACCUCUACUGACAUGGACACUGGAAUCCACGUCCGUACCGAGGAUAUCCAGGACGGACAGGAUGAGGAUUCAUCCCUCAAGGACUAUUCAGACAUGGACCAGGAUUGCGAAGCUCGUUCCUGUCCACUUCCGGAGACAUCCGGCAGCCCGUGUCCGAGUCUUUUGGAAACACGCUCCCUGGCCACCAGCCUGGCCUCCUCAUUGGGUUCUGCAGUUCGCAUGACCAGCUUCGCCGAGCAGAAGUUUCGUAAAUUAAACCACGGUGAUGGGCGCAGCAGUGGGAGCGGUGGUAACACGCCUGAGAGCGGCGACCUGAACGUCACAACCCCAGGAGCGACGGGGACAGUUCGUUCGAUUACUCCUGAUGCCCGCAGCCCCUCUCGCAUCACCUCCCCUCGGGAUCCCUCGCACCUGUUGGCAUCGGAGAUGGUACAGUUGAAGAUGAAGCUAGAAGAAAAACGUAGAGCCAUUGAGGCACAGAAGAAGAAAGUCGAAGAGGCUUUUACGCGUCACAGGCAGCGCAUGGGCAGGACCGCCUUCCUCAAUGUGGUCAGGCGUAAAGGAGUCGUGUCGCCACUAGUGGGCGACAGCGAAGGCCCAGAUGGUCGGGAAAAACAAACCAGUGACCCACAACCCCCAAAAACAUCUUUGAAUUCGAAUGACACUGAUUCUAGGCUUGAGAGAUGUCGACCAGACGGUGCACCACCGAAAUCACCUCUGGAGGAAGCAGCCGUGGAAGUGGACCUGGGGGAUUAUACGCGAUCCAUUGAGCGCCUGAACACGUCUCUGAGCUUUCUACAGUCGGAGAUGCAGCGCUUGGCACAGCAGCAGGAACACAUCAUGCAGAUGCGUGAACACCAAAGUUGGGAGAUUUCGCCUCCGGAUCCGUCGCCACGCAAACAGUUGCGUGAGCUGCGCAGCAGCAGCGUAGUUGGUCGAGGUUCAGUGGGUUCGCUCUCCCCCAUUUUGUCAUCCACUGGUUCACCACGCACGACACACCGUUCACCCUCUACGAUCAAAAGGAAGUCUGCAUCUUUCCAUGCAAGAACACCACGAACGCCAAGGCCCAAUGAGCUGAAGGUUACCCCUUUUAGCCGCAUGCUCAACACGCCACAGUCAGUGGACAGCCUGCCUCGACUGAGACGUGUUUUGCAGAGUCAGUCACAGUCUAGCUCAUUCGCCUAUUUGGGACAUGACGAGGGACCUUCGAGUGAGGACCACACAUCUAGAGAAAAGCCAUGUAAGCAAGAGCCCAAAGAUGCACAAAAAGCAGCUGCAAAUUCGCCAUCUGCUCAGGUGAAUGAAAAGCUGGGAGAAGAAAAACAGGACAUUGGAAAGAGUGACAAAAUCAUGAAUGCGCCAACAUCUGAGGUUCUGUCUCAGCAGACAAUGGACCAUUCCAUGGUAAUGGCCAGUGGACACACAAAUGAAGAAAGGUCACAUGAGAAGAAGGAUCUGAUUGAGGUUCCUCUCUCUGUUCUGAAGCCUCUGGAUGGACACGAUCUUGAGAGCAGCAGAGAAACGGAGACUGGGACAGAUUCUAGGCCAGACCAGAAGAUGUGCUGUGGCUUCUUCUUUAGGGAUGACCUGAAGCCAGAGGAGGAUAUUGCACAGAAGAAAGCAGCUCUGAUGGAAAAAAGGCUACGGCGGGAGAAAGAGAUGCAGAUCAAGAAACAGCAACAGGAGGCCGAGAUGGAACAAAAGAAAGAAGCAGCACGAUUGAAAGGGGAAGAGGAGCGUCAGAAGAAGGAGGAAGAGAAGGCAAGACGGGAGUAUAUAAAAGAUGAAUAUUUGAGGAAGCAGCAGCUCAAACUGAUGGAGGACAUGGACAGUGUUAUUAAGCCACGCCCCUCUAGUGUCAAGCAGAAGAAGCCACGCCCCAAAUCUAUGCACAGAGACAUCAUGGAGUCUCCAAAACCUCCAGCACGGACAACCACAGGGUCACGACCACGUGGAUAUUCCGUGUCCAGCUUAUCACUCGCCUCCCUUAAUUUGGCAGACAAUGAGAGUGUCAAAUCAGAUAAGAGGACAUCCAGAGGCAGCAGACUGUCUCCUGGCAGUCUGUGUUUCUUUCUGAGCUCCCCUAAAGGGAGAAAGGGAAGGCCAGAGUCCACCGAGGGCUUUCUGUCACCGUGUCCAUCUGUAAGUGGAAACGGGGAGAACUGGGAGCUCGAAUCAACAUCGUCUGCAGCGUCUAACACAGAAUACACAGGGCCAAAGUUGUACAAGGAGCCCAGUGCUAAAUCAAAUAAAUACAUCAUCCAGAACGCACUGGCUCACUGCUGCCUCGCAGGCCGCGUCAAUGAGGGACAGAAGAACAAAAUCCUGGAGGAAAUGGAGAAAACCGAAGCCAACAACUUCUUGAUUCUGUUCAGAGACUCUGGCUGCCAGUUUCGCUCUCUGUACACGUAUUAUCCAGAGGCGGAGGAGAUCAACAAGCUGGCUGGCAUCGGGCCCAAGACCAUCACACCCAAAAUGAUCGAAAACCUCUACAAAUACAGCUCAGAUAAGAAACAGUUCAGCAAAAUCCCCGCCAAGACCAUGUCAGCUAGUGUGGACGCCAUCACCAUCUACAGCCACCUCUGGCAGAACAAGAAACAAAACACACCCAAAAAACUCCUCAAAUAAGUUCACAGCUCACUGGCAGACUGCCUAUCGGACAUUAUGAUGCACAUCCUGAAUGUAAAGAAAACACUUUUGCGGGCUUUGGAUGUUAAUUUGUGGCGAAUUCGAAACCUUCUGUUCUACAGUACACACACACACACACUUGUUUGCAGCACUGACGGAUGCGCUUUUUUUUGCAUAAUUUUUAUUUUAAAUGUUCAAUUUUGUGGCCUUACGCUUGUCUUGUGUCUUUUAUGCAAUGCUUAACGCACAGUUUAUGAGCAAGUCAUUGCAUCCUAUGAAGAUACACAGUCUGCUUCUUUUGUGUUUGUGGAAAUGCAGGUGUACAGAAUAUUAGGGACACACUACACUUGAAGACUAACUUUACAGAUGGUAAUACAGUUGAAGAAGCAUUUAAUGUACUGGAACCUCAGUUUUUUGCUUUAUUUAAUGUCUGCGUUUUUAUAUUUUGGGUAGGAUUCGUAAUAACUGUUGCGCAAUCGCUACUACAGAACGUGUGUAAAAUUAACUACAGUAAGAAUUGUUCGCUCAAGACUCUUUCUAUAAAAUGAACACGCUCGUGUUACUCUGUAUGUGAUGUAAACGUAAUGAUGGGGCCUUUAACUGAUGAAGUUGAGGACCAAAACUAAACAUAUUAGCUAGAAUUAUAAAAUACAUUCCUAGGUAUAUUGCUAUCGCUAGUGUCACGAUUCAGAAUAUCUGGGUGCCAUGUAUGUUUGAAACAUACAUUUUAGAGCGACAGAUCAGUUUAGCUGACUGUUUGAGUAGAGUAAAUUUCCAUAUGAAUAAUACAGAGGAAACACUGAGUUAUUUAAUAUCAUAUAAUGAAGCUUUCAAAGAGAUGGUGCAUAUUAUUGCUAAAUCAUGUGGUAACUCGUUUUUAAUUAUGACGUGCAUUUUAAAGAGCUGGGAUUAUUUGGGCAGGCUUUUGUCUGGUAACACAUUUUGUCUUCAGGUGCAAAAGAAUGGAGAGAUAUUUGUUAUUUUUACUAAGUGAAGUAAAUCAUCGUUUGAAUUUAUUGAUGCUGUACAGAUAUAGUUUUACAUACUAAGCAUAUUUUUUAAGCCAUUGAAUAUUACUGAUAUUUUUCAUAUGAAAAAGAUGAUGUUUAACAGGUGCAAGUAUGAUGGGAUGUGUUAAGAGCAGAAGUAAGCUCUUGUGAGAGAUGUUCAUUUCCACACGCUGUCUAAUCUUUUUCCAGGUCAUGUCCGCUGUUUGUUCAUCAUAUGCUUUGUCUGUUUGUAUUUGAAUGUUAACCUCAACAUAAAUACAGAUUUACAACCAAAGCCUUACCUGUUUGACCU